ACCGCCCGGCGAGAGACUCACUAGCCACGCCUGCUUUACCCUUGCCAUGUCAGGGACCGAGAAGGAGGCUGAGAACUGACGCUUACAGCUAGAGGAUCAGAGUGAUUUUAGAGCUGAAACAAAAAGGGGGACUUAGCACACAUUCAAAGCAACAACACCAGUACAGUGCAGAAGUCAGGGGUUCAUAAAGCCCCUCUUUACGAGCAGCGACCAACGUCGUCCGCCAGAGAAGUUGUUCAGCAAGUGUAGGAUGGCGUCGGUAUCUCCGUUCAGUGCAGAGCAGGCGAUGCGUCUGCUGGACUUUGGGAACAAGAUGGACAUGAGCUUGCUGGACUCGGUCGUCAGCUGCUUCUACAACACCAUGGGACCUCAGCAACAAGUGGCCCAGCAGGUGUUGACUCAGUUCAGGGAGCACCCGGAGGCCUGGACACGAGUCGACUCCAUUCUAGAGCUCUCUCAGAACCAGGAGGCAAAGUACUUGGCACUACAGAUAUUAGAGAAUCUCAUCAAAACUCGAUGGAAGGCUCUGCCCCAGGAUCAAAGAGAAGGUAUUCGGAAGUACAUAGUUGGACUGGUGAUUAAACUCUCUUCUGAUCAGCAAACAUUGCAGCAACAAAAGGUCUACAUUUACAAGCUAAACAUCAUUCUCGUACAGAUCGUGAAGCAGGAGUGGCCGCAAAACUGGACUACCUUUGUAUCUGACAUCGUUGGUGCCAGCAAGACGAGUGAAUCCCUCUGCACAAACAACAUGGCCAUUCUCAAACUGCUCAGUGAGGAGGUGUUUGAUUUCUCGAGUGGCCAGAUGACUCAGGUGAAGGCCAAGCACCUCAAGGACACCAUGUGCAACGACUUCUCUCAGAUCUUCCAGCUCUGCAGCUACGUCCUGGAGAACUCCCAGAGCAUAUCUCUAGUGGGGGCCACUCUGGACACUCUGAUGAGAUUCCUCAACUGGAUACCGCUCGGCUACAUCUUCGAAACCAAACUCGUCAGCUCUCUCAUAUACAAGUUUCUGAAUGUACCCGCGUUUAGAAAUGUCACUCUCAAAUGUCUCACUGAAGUAGCUGGUAUCCAGACCUCCUCCACUAACACUCAGUACUCGGAGCAGUUUGUCGUCAUGUUCACUCUCGUCAUGACACAACUCAAACAGAUGCUGCCACUGGCCACAAACAUCAGAGAGGCCUUCAAGAACGGACAGGACGAUGAGCAGAACUUCAUCCAGAACCUGGCCCUCUUCCUCUGCACCUUCCUCAAGGAGCACGCCGUCCUUAUUGAGCCAAAGCCUGAGCUACAAAACACACUACUGGAGGCGCUGCACUACCUGGUCCUCAUCUCAGAGGUGGACGAGAAGGAGAUUUUCAAGAUCUGCCUCGAGUACUGGAACAGCCUGGCUGCAGACCUGUACCGCGAAAACCCAUUCUCCAGUUCCCAUUCGCCCAUGUUGCUGAGUCAGCAGAAUUUCCCUCCUCGGCGGCAGCUCUACCUCACUGUCCUGUCCAAGGUGCGUCUGGUGAUGAUCAGCAGGAUGGCCAAGCCGGAGGAGGUUCUGGUGAUAGAGACAGACCAGGGAGAGGUGGUCAGGGAGUUCAUGAAGGACACCGAUGCCAUCAACAUGUACAAGAGCAUGAGAGAGACUCUUGUGUACCUGACUCAUCUGGACUAUGCCGACACUGAGAACAUCAUGACUGAGAAACUGUACAAGCAGGUGGACGGAACUGAGUGGUCCUGGAAGAACCUAAACACUUUGUGCUGGGCAAUUGGUUCCAUCAGUGGUGCCAUGCACGAAGACGAUGAGAAGAGGUUCCUGGUCACAGUCAUCAAGGAGCUGUUGGGUCUGUGUGAGCUGAAGAGAGGCAAAGACAACAAAGCAAUCGUGGCAUCCAACAUCAUGUACAUUGUUGGACAGUACCCCAGGUUCCUCAGGGCGCACUGGAAAUUUCUCAAGACAGUCGUCAAUAAGCUCUUCGAAUUUAUGCACGAGACCCACGACGGUGUCCAGGACAUGGCUUGUGACACGUUCAUCAAGAUAGCUCAGAAGUGUCGCCGCCAUUUCGUGCAGGUCCAGCAGCUGGAGGUGAUGCCGUUCAUCGAAGAGAUCCUCAACCACAUCCGAGCCAUCGUCUGCGACCUCCAGCCUCACCAGGUCCACACCUUCUACGAGGCCGUCGGCUACAUGAUUCAGGCACAGAUGGACUCUGUGGUACAGGAGAGGCUGAUAGAGAAGUACAUGUCACUACCAAACGACAUCUGGGACAGCGUCAUACAGAGAGCCACUGUUGACCUCACGGUGUUGCAGGACCUGGACACCAUAAAACAGUUGGGUCACAUUCUCAAGACCAACGUCAAGGCCUGUGUGGCAGUGGGUCAUCCGUUUGUCCUCCAGUUGGGACGGAUUUACCUGGACAUGGUGAAUGUCUACAAGGUCUUGAGUGAGAACAUCUCCAGUGCAGUCUCAGUCAGUGGUGAACUGGUCACAAAGCAGCCUCUCAUAGCUGGCAUGAGGACAGUCAAGAAGGAAACUCUGAAGCUCAUCACAUGCUGGGUCUCCAAGUCACAAGAUCCUGUCAUGGUGCGAGAGCAUUUCCUGCCCCCUCUCCUGGACGCCAUUCUGGGAGACUAUCGUCGCAACGUGCCCGAGGCGAGGGAGCCCGAGGUCCUCAGCACUGUCUCCACCAUUGUCGACAAACUAGAGGCGCAGGCAGUGGACGACAUUCCUCCCAUCAUGGACGCUCUGUUUGAGUGUACCCUGGAGAUGGUGAGCAAGAACCUGGAGGACUUUCCCGAGCACAGGACCAACUUUUUCAGAAUGCUCCAGUCCGUCACGCAGCACUGCUUUGCCGCGCUGAUGAAGAUCCCUCCGGCGCAGUUCAAGUUGCUGAUGGACUCCAUCGUGUGGGCGUUCAAGCACACCAUGCGGAACGUGGCGGAGAUCGGACUCAACGUUCUCCUCCUCCUCCUCCAGAAGUUCUCGGUGGACCAGGUCGGGACCCAGUUCUUCCAGACCUACUUCAUCGACCUCAUGCAGCACAUGUUCUCAGUCGUCACCGACUCAUCACACACUGCCAGUCUGACGAUGCAUGCGACGAUCCUGGCCUUCAUGUUCAGUCUUGUGGAGGAAGACAAGAUAACUGCUCCGCUCUCUACCACUGCCCAGGCCUCCUCCAACGCCGUGUACAUCCAGCAGUACGUGGCUGAGCUCAUCAAUACUGCUUAUCCACACCUGCAAGAUGCUCAGGUAAAGAUGUUUGUGGGGGGACUGUUUCAUCUCAACAACAAUAUCCCUGCCUUCAAGGAGCACCUCAGGGACUUUCUCGUGCAGAUAAAGGAAUACAGUGGAGGAAAUUCAGAGGACCUUUUCCUUGAAGAGAGAGAAGCUCAACUGAAGCAAGCGGCAAAGGAUAAACGGCAGCAGCAGUUGGCGGUUCCUGGGAUCAUCAACCCCCACGACCGUCCUGACGAGAUGCAGGAAUAACGACUUGUGUCCCCGUGUGCUUCUUCUUCUGGACACUUUCUCCUCGCGGCUCUUAGUGGUAGCUUCAAUAACACUCCAGUUGUUUGUACUGUAUGUGUAACUUCGCCCGCCGUUCCUCUCCGGUUCUUACUUGUCAUGUUGUCGUUGUUGUUGUUGUUGUUGUUCAUUUUGUUUAUGAAUGUUAACAAUGUGAUUGUGCUCU